CAGUGCUGGAGAAGGCGAAGCGGGUCCGGGGCGAGUGUGUGUGUCUGUGUGUGAGACGAGAGGGGGAAGCCGUCUCUGCCCCCCUAAGAUGGUGUCGGCGGCCGCCGAGGGAAGGCAGAGGAAGGGGCCGGCAGCGAGCACUGAGAGGACGCGGAGGCCCCUGCCGCAGUGCCGGGGUCCGGGCCGGGGCCGGGCGGCGGCGGCGGCGGUGGUGGUGGUGGUGACAGGGAGGGCGAGGGCGAGGAGCGGGCGGCCUGCGCCGGGGCCGGGGUCUCGACCGCUCCUGCGGCCCCCGGCGGCGCCGCCGCCGCUGCUGCUGCCGCUGCUUCUGCUGCUGCUGCUGCUGCCGCUGCCCCUGCCCCGGGCGGCCGAGGCGGCGGCGCCGGGGGCCGCGGCGUCGGGUUCGGCCGCGGCCGAGGCCAAGGAAUGCGACCGGCCCUGCGUGAACGGCGGCUACUGCAACCCGGGCACGGGCCAGUGCGUGUGCCCGGCCGGCUGGGUGGGCGACCAGUGCCAGCACUGCGGGGGCCGCUUCAGGCUGAGUGGAUCAUCAGGUUUUGUAACCGAUGGACCUGGAAAUUACAAAUACAAAACAAAAUGUACAUGGCUCAUUGAAGGACAGCCAAAUCGAGUAAUGCGCCUUCGCUUCAGUCAUUUUGCUACAGAAUGUAGUUGGGACCAUUUAUAUGUUUAUGAUGGGGAUUCCAUUUAUGCCCCACUAGUGGCUGCCUUCAGUGGCCUGAUUGUUCCUGAGAGAGAUGGUAAUGAGACUGUCCCUGAAGUGGUGGCCUCCUCUGGGCAUGCUCUGCUGCAUUUCUUUAGUGAUGCUGCCUAUAACUUGACUGGAUUUAACAUCACAUAUAGUUAUGACAUAUGCCCCAAUAACUGUUCUGGUCGAGGAGAAUGUAAGCUCAGUGAUGGCAGCGACACUGUCAAGUGUGAGUGUUUAAAAUACUGGAAAGGAGAAUCAUGUGAUAUUCCUUACUGUACAGAUGACUGUGGCUAUCCAGAUCGAGGCAUCUGCAAUUUAAGUGGCGUUAGAGAAUGCUCGUGCUUCCCAGAUUGGCAGGGACCUGGCUGUGCAGUUCCUGUGCCAGCUAAUCAGUCAUUUUGGACUCGGGAGGAAUACUCUCAGCCAAAGCUCCCCAGAGCAUCCCACAAAGCUGUUGUCAGUGGUAACAUAAUGUGGGUUGUUGGAGGUUAUAUGUUCAACCAUUCAGAUUACAACAUGGUUCUGGCGUAUGACCUUGAUGCUGGGGAGUGGCUUCCACUGAACCAAACUGUAAAUGAUGUGAUUGUCAGAUAUGGUCAUUCUUUGGCAUUGUACGAGGACAAAAUCUACAUGUAUGGAGGAAAAAUUGAUUCAACAGGCAAUGUGACAAAUGAGUUGAGGGUGUUUCACAUUAAAAAUGAAUCAUGGGUUUUAUUGGCCCCCAAAGCAAAGGAGCAGUAUGCAGUUGUUGGGCACUCAGCACACAUUGUCACAAUGAAAAAUGGCCGAGUUGUCAUGCUGGUCAUCUUUGGUCACUGUCCUCUCUAUGGCUACAUAAGCAAUGUGCAGGAAUAUGACAUUGAUAAGAAUACAUGGAGCAUUUUACAAACUCAGGGUGCUCUUGUACAAGGAGGUUAUGGCCACAGUAGUGUUUAUGAUGCCAAGACAAAUGCCCUCUACAUACAUGGCGGGUAUAAGGCAUUCAGUGCCAACAAGUAUAGACUUGCUGAUGAUCUAUAUAAGUACGAUGUGGACACUCAAAUGUGGACCAUUCUUAAGGAUAGCCGUUUUUUCCGUUAUUUGCACACGGCUGUGAUAAUCAGUGGAACCAUGCUGGUAUUUGGAGGAAACACACACAAUGAUACCUCUAUGAGCCAUGGUGCCAAAUGCUUUUCAUCAGAUUUCAUGGCCUAUGAUAUUGCUUGUGAUCGCUGGUCAGUACUUCGAAGACCUGAUCUUCAUCAUGAUGUUAACAGAUUUGGCCACUCAGCAGUCUUGUAUAACAGCACUAUGUAUAUAUUUGGAGGUUUCAACAGCCUUCUGCUCAGCGAUAUCCUGAUGUUUACAGCAGAAAGGUGUGAAGCACAUCAAAGUGAGGACACUUGUGUAGCAGCAGGCCCUAUCGUCCGAUGUGUGUGGAGUGUGAAUUCAUCUCAGUGUAUCCCUUGGGAAUUGGCAACUGAAGCGCAAGAAGAGAGGACCAGAGCAGAAUGCUUUUCAAAAAGAACUGCUGAUCAUGACAAGUGCGAUCAGCACACGGACUGUUACAGCUGUACCGCCAACACGAAUGACUGCCAGUGGUGUAAUGAUCAUUGCGUCUCCAUGAACAGCAACUGCACUGAAGGCCAGGUUUCUAUUUCCAAAUAUGAGAAUUGUCCAAAUAAUCCAAUGUAUUACUGUAACAAGAAGACAAGUUGUAAGAGCUGUGCCAUGGACCAGAACUGCCAGUGGGAACCCAGGAAUCAAGAAUGUGUUGCUUUGCCUGAGAAAAUCUGUGGUGCUGGCUGGCAUUUGGUUGGAAAUUCAUGUUUAAAAAUUACGACCACAAAAGACAAUUACGACAACGCUAAAUUGUCCUGCAGGAACAUGAAUGCUUUCCUGGCUUCUCUCACCACCCAGAAGAAAGUGGAGUUCGUUCUUAAACAGUUGCGCUUAAUGCAAUCAGCACAAUCGCUGUCCAAAACAACCUUGACCCCAUGGGUAGGACUCCGGAAGAUCAAUGUGUCAUAUUGGUGCUGGGAAGACAUGUCCCCAUUUACAAAUAGUUUACUUCAGUGGCUGCCAUCAGAACCAAGUGAUGCUGGAUUUUGUGGAAUCUUGUCAGAGCCUAAUGCCAGGGGCUUGAAGGCUGCAACCUGUAUCAGUCCACUUAAUGGAAGUAUCUGUGAAAGGCCUGCCAACCACAGUGCCAAACAGUGUCGUACUCCCUGUGCCUUGAGAACAAUGUGUGGAGAGUGUACCAGUGGCAGCUCAGAGUGCAUGUGGUGUAGUAACAUGAAGCAGUGCGUGGAUUCAAAUGCUUAUGUGGCCUCUUUUCCAUUUGGCCAGUGUAUGGAGUGGUACACCAUGAGUAGCUGUCCCCCGGAAAAUUGUUCUGGUUAUUGUACUUGUGGUCACUGUUUGGAGCAGCCUGGCUGUGGUUGGUGUACUGAUCCGAGCAACACUGGCAAGGGGAAGUGCAUUGAAGGCUCCUACAAAGGGCCGGUGAAGAUGUCAUUGCAGGCAUCCACAGGGAGUCCCUUUCCACAACCACUUCUUAAUUCUAGCAUGUGUCUAGAAGAGAACAGAUACAACUGGUCUUUCAUCCAAUGUCCAGCGUGCCAAUGUAAUGGACACAGUAAAUGUAUCAAUGAAAGCAUCUGUGAAAAGUGUGAGAAUCUAACAACUGGCAAACACUGUGAGACAUGUAUAUCAGGCUUCUAUGGUGAUCCUACUAAUGGAGGAACAUGUCAACCUUGCAAGUGUAAUGGUCAUGCUUCCCUCUGUAAUACAAAUUCAGGCAAGUGUUUCUGCACCACCAAAGGAAUCAAAGGAGACGAAUGCCAAUUAUGUGAAGUAGAAAAUCGUUACCAAGGAAAUCCUCUCAAAGGAACAUGUUACUAUACACUUCUUAUUGACUAUCAGUUCACCUUUAGUCUAUCCCAAGAGGAUGACCGUUAUUACACAGCUAUCAAUUUUGUGGCUACACCUGAAGAACAAAACAGGGACUUGGAUAUGUUUAUCAAUGCCUCAAAAAACUUCAACCUCAACAUUACUUGGGCAACAAGCUUUACAGCUGGGACACAAGCUGGAGAAGAGAUGGCUGUUGUUUCAAAAACCAACAUUAAAGAGUACAAAGAUAGCUUCUCCAGAAAGUUUGAUUUCCGCAGCCACCCAAAUAUCACUUUCUUUGUCUAUGUCAGCAAUUUUACCUGGCCCAUCAAAAUUCAGAUUGCAUUCUCUCAGCACAGCAACUUUAUGGACCUGGUACAGUUCUUUGUGACCUUUUUCAGUUGUUUCCUCUCUUUGCUGCUUGUGGCUGCUGUGGUUUGGAAAAUCAAGCAAAGCUGUUGGGCUUCAAGGCGGAGAGAGCAACUUCUUCGUGAGAUGCAACAGAUGGCCAGUCGUCCCUUUGCCUCCAUCAAUGUUGCCUUGGAAACAGAUGAAGAACCACCUGAUCUUAUUGGAGGAAGCAUAAAGGCUGUUCCCAAGCCCAUUGCACUGGAGCCCUGUUUUGGUAACAGAGCAGCAGUCCUUUCAGUGUUUGUGAGGCUUCCUAGAGGCCUGGGAGGAAUCCCCCCGCCAGGACAGUCAGGACUUGCCGUAGCCAGUGCACUGGUGGACAUUUCUCAGCAGAUGCCAAUUGCUUACAAAGAGAAAUCAGGAGCCAUGCGAAAUCGGAAACAGCAGCCACCUGCACAGCCUGGAACCUGCAUCUGAUGGUGGAGCAUGAGGACUGUUCCUGAGGAACCUCCCCACCUCAGUCUCCCCAGUUGUGGGAGGCUCUUCUCCACCAACUAGAGCCCAUGAUGAGGACUGAUAGAGAAUCAGCACAUCCACAAGUCUGAAGAGAAGAAACUCAGGUUUGCCAAAUGGAGUGAGCAAUGAGGGGCAGGAGGAAAGGACUCUUAGAAACUGGAAGUACUGCAGUUUUUUUCCCCCCAUUUUCUUAUGCUCUGUCUCUUAAUGUCCAUAGUAGCCAGUGGGAAGAAUCACUCCCACGCUACCUCAGCAAGGCCUAGGCUGUGACAGUGGACUAGAAGAACUUCUUUCCCAGCUCAUCUCAGCACCGCUCUGGUGGUGAGGGAGGCAUACCUUGGGCAUUUGGGCAGCCUAAGACCUCUGAGAACAAAUGCCUUGGGGAUUAUCUCCGAGAUGCAACCCUGAAGAAAUGCAACAAUUAGAGAGCUUUUUCUGUUCUCCCACCCUUAUAACCCACCCUACUCUUUGUAAGAUCCCCAGGAAAGCUUUUUUUCUAGAAGUCUUUUUUUGGGGGAAAAAACCCAACAAUAACACUAUCUAAUGUACAAAUGAAUUACCUCCAAUAGACUCAGUUCUCCGAGAAUGGACACUUUCCCCUUCACACAAUACUGGCCAAGAGCAAGGGUAUAUAACCUCUGAAGGUCCCUUUCAACUCUUCCUCUGUGUUUCCAGGUGAACCCAGAGAAGGAGACCCCACAGCCCCCUCUGCCUAAGAUUGUCCAUCCAGCUUCUACAGGAGGUGCCAUUUAUGUAAAGACCUUGAGAGUGAUCCAGGCCUGUGUUAGGAAUGGGGAGGUGGGGAAAGAAGCUGUGGCAGCUGCUCUUGCAAGGAGGUCACCUCAGCAUUGACUCUGAGGACUGACUUUCCCUUUGCAGAGAUAUCUUCUCUGUGCCUCUCCCUCGACACCCUUCAACAACCCCCGCCCCUUCCUCGCUAAUGUCAUUGUUGGAAAAGUCCUGCCACAGAGGGGCUAACGAGCAGCUCUUCAGUGAUUUACAGGAGAGCACACAAGAGGAAGCAGGAAGUAGGAGGCAAGGCAAGGAGAGCCCUGCGACAGACCAAGAGUUAGGAAUCGCCCUGGGCUUACAGCCUUCCUUCGUCUGCUCUCUGCCAGCACUCGGAGUGUCUGGGGGAUUGUCAUGUCUCUGCCUCAGCCCUGCUACCUUCAGCAAACCCCUUCAUCCAGACUUAAAGUUCAGCUGGAAUGGGGAGAAGCGAAGUCUCUGAGGCUGACGUCUCACUCCUCAGCCAGCUUCGCGGCUCUGGAAACAGGCCCAUCUGUCACCAGAGAGCCUGUGAAUAAAUGAAGACCAUUUUAAUGACACAGCUAAAUAAUACAGAGGCAUCGUGUACAAAAUGCCAAAUCUUUGAAAAUGCACACGAAACAGAGAAACUGCUCAUGUAUUUUUGAUGCAUUGUAAAUGAUGCCUAAGUUUUGUCUUAAUAACAUGCCCCAGUGCUAAGUACUGGGUAUCUUUCGGAGCUCAGAGAAGUCAUCCAGUUAGAUCCUGAUGCUCUGCCAAUUGAGCAGGAAAAAUAUCCCCAGCAUGUUGAUGCAUUUAAAUGCAACUCAUUUCAAACAAAAUAUCUCAAUAACGCUUUUCUCCUACUUUAAAAAAAAAAAGGGAAGAAUCAGGCAGUAAGUCAACUUAAUGCAGCUGUUCCUCAGGAGAAUGUUGAAAUGAAGCCGGUUUAGCCUCUUGUCCUCGGAAUUGGCCCAAGCCUCCGUUUGCCAGGGGGCCUUGGUGUCAGGGCAGAGGUUGGAUGCCCUGAGUUUCAGCCCUAGAAACAUUUCCGUUGGUUUUUAUAGUUGAAGUAUUGUGAGACAUGGAAGCAAAAAUUCCAGAGCCAUGUCUUAGAUGGUUGAAAUUCGUGGUUGUGGCUUUGUUAGGUUUCUAAUGGAAAUUUUCCAGCCUUUUAGCUUAACGCAUGAUAAAGAAUGAUGCCUUUGGGCACUGAAAAACAAGAGUUAUUUUUAUUUGGUUAUUUUGUUUGCAAAUACCUCCUAUUUUUCCAACAAAAAUUUCAUAAGUGUUUGUAGCCUUUAUGUGCAGCAGCCAGUAACACCCCUGUUUACUUCUUUCCUCUCUUCCUCCUUCCCAUAUUUUUAUUUGCCUAGGAACUUGCAGUCUGUUCUCUGGGUACAGAGAGACUGAGGUCCCUUCUACCUCUCCCUAAGGCCCAUCAGCCCAAGAAAAGGGCAACCUGAUUGCUGUGAGAUGCGCUGGGAGAGAAUCCUAGGCCCACAGAUUUUCCCAGGUCAUGUGUGCAAGGAGGAAAAAUAGGGCUGGGCAGGGAGGUCUCUGGGUAAAGGGGACCAGAACAUUGAGUCACUGACCCUAGAAUUGAAAGUGAAGCUUUUUCUAGUCCCUCUUCUGGGAAAGUUGUCAUUAGCCUGGUGUAGAUCACGUGCACACUCACCUUGGAAUUGGGGUGACUGGGAAGAGGAGGUUGGCGUGGCCUAGAGGAUCAUCGUACCAACCAGUAGGAAUAGAUAUUUUACUUUAAACAGCUACUGCACAGCUUUUUAUCUUGUUUGGUCAAGUUCAAGUUUAUUGGGGGUUUCUGCCAACCAAGCACACAGUUAAGGCAAAGAGUCAGGUUUUUCACUUCCUUACCUUUAUCAGACAUGCAUUUCCACAGGUACCUUUGGGUAGAGUUAAGCAAGUGAGGUGGUAGUGAUUGAAGAAAGUAAUAUAUUCCCUGUAACAGGAGGUCUCUCAGGAGAGGCUGAACGAGAGCACUGAUUAUGAGGGGUGGGGAUGUAGAGGGGAUUUUUGCCCAGUUUGGACCAGAUGCCCUCCAGUUCUGAGAUUCUGUUCAGUGGAAAGGUCAACAGCCAAACUAUAGAAUUGGCUUUGACUUCUACCUGGACUAUGGAGAAGGCCUGUGAGAGAGGCCUCCCAUGCCCCGGUAAGCCAGAUUCAAGGGCAGGGGUAUGAACAGAGGGAAGAAAUAGGUUGAUCAGAGGCAAAUUAUGCUCAGGAUACUUGCUGUCUCUUCCACUUUGGGGCUCAAAUGACAGUUACCCAAUUUACUGAACUUUUCUUAAACAAUAAAAAUUCUUGUGCAUGUCUUCCAGGUACUGUAAUUAUCCCCAAGAGACGUUUUCCCCCUGAUUAGUAAUUCACACUAAUAAAAGCUCUGCCAGGGAGGAAAAAUUGUGUAAUCACCUGUAAAAUCUGUCAGUCUACCCUUUUAAAAGAAAUCCUGAGAGAGAUUCCCACUUAUUCUGAAUUUGGACCUAGCACACAUUAACACUAGUGAAACCUAUUUCCUUGAACUAAUUCUGUCUUUGGAAACUCCUUGGGUCUGCGGUUAUUUCCAGUUCUUCUGUGUUCGGACUCCAGCUUAGUUUGUUAAUAUGUAUAAUUUCGCAUUGAUUGCACUCAUAUGUAAAUACGGAGUAAGUAUUGUAAACUAUUUCAUUGCUGGGGAUCGUGGGUGUUAUACAUACACAAGUUAGGACUGCAACUUUUUGGUAUUUUUUUGUAUUGUAAGAUAACAGCUAAUUUAAGCCGGAACAAGAGAAUUCUGGGAGGUCUGUGCAUUUUAAACACAAAUGUGAAGUACAUGUAUAUAAACAAAAAGUAAAUACUGUAAUACAAAAUUUCCUUCGGAAAUAAAAGUAGAAGAUCUGGUUAAAGUGGGCCUUUUGGCUCUAAGUAUUUGCUCUCACA